AUGUACAGGGGCGGUAGCCGAGCGUUCGGUGGCAGCUUCAAGCGCACCUUCUCCGCGGGUUCGCAGGGCGCACGAUCAGCGAGCGCGCGAUCGGAAUUCGGCGGGUCCGGCGCGCGCUUCUUCACAUCGAGCAGUGGCAGCGCCAAAUCGCAGACAUUUGGAGGCGCUAAAUCGAGGAGCGACCCAUUCAGCUCGUCUUCUUCGUCGAGCAAGCGAUCGUUCUUCACCAAGCCUGCCGCUCCGGCUCAGCACGAAUCGACCCGAUGCCAGCGAGCGCAAAUUUCCAUCGCUAGCGGUCUCUCCAAAGGUGUCCGCCCCUUGUGCAUCGCAGCGCUGUCUCACCCGGGCCUCCUCUCCCUGGCCACCGAGAGCGGGGAGGACGAUGAGGGUAUGUGA